AUGUUAUUUCAAAUUUGUCUUAUUAUUUUGUUUUUAACAACAAUUUGCGCUCUACAACUUAAUUUUUAUACAUCUGUUGGUCAAGUUCGACAAGAAAUUUCGGUUCAAGAUGGAUAUUUUCAAACAUAUUUUAGUGAUCAAGAAUAUAAUGCUAUUGUACCGGGAACAAUUGAUUUUCCUGGUCAAAAAAUAAUUGAACAAGAUUUAUAUAAUUCAAAUGAAGAAUUACGUAAUACUGAUAUUUAUAUUCGUCUUAAUAAAUAUGAAAAUAAUCAAGCAUUAAAAGCAAAAUUAAUUGAUCCUUAUUCAUUAUUAAUUAAAUAUAAUUCAUCACGAUAUAUUUAUGUGUCACGUGAUCAAAUUGAAUUUAAUACAGAUCCAUUAAUGGAUGGAAUGAUUUUAUCUGUUCGAUUAGAUAAUCCAACUAUAACAAAAACUAAUAUGACUUAUUUAACUCGUGGUCUUUGGUGGACACCAAGAUAUGAAGUUAGCGUUAUUGAUGAUCAAUCUGCUACUCUUCGAGCUCUAGCUGAUAUUAAUAAUGAACAUAAACGCAUCUAUGAAAUUACAAAAAGUCAAUUGAUUACUGGUAGUGUCCCAUUAACUUCAACUUCUAUACGAGCACCAGCUUCAAUGGAUACACAACGUGUAGAAUAUAUGGCAGGUGCUAUGAGUGAUACAUCUUCAUCGAUAUCAUUCAAAGCAGAUUCAACGAAUUUCGGUAGUUAUUCGUAUAAUAUAACACGUGAAUUUUAUCUUCUACCAAAAUCUAUUAAAACAUUUCCAUUUCUAUCAGUUAUGAUAUCAUUUAAUUAUACACUUGAAACAACAAUAUAUUUAUCAACUGGUACUAAUUCUGGUUUAUUUCAACGUACAUUUAUUAUACGACCAUCAGAAUUUUUACCAGCUGGUACAAUAACAUUUUAUUUAGUAACAACAGGAAAUGAUCCUGAUGUUAAAUUUAAUAUAAUUAGUGUUAUAACAGCUACUCGACAAACACCAACAUAUGGACAAGAUCUUAAUGUAAAUGUAACUAUUUCAAAUCGAAAAGAUAAACAAAUUGUAUCAGUUAAAUUAACUAUUAAUAGUGGAUAUAGUAAUACAACAUUAAUAAUAAGAAAUCGAUCAUCAUCCAAUAUAAAAAUUAAUCAAGAUUCAAAUAAUAAAUCAAUAUUAAUUAUUCGAGCUAUAAUUAAAGCAAAUCAAUCUGAAAUCUGCGCAUUUUCUCUUAAACAAUCGAAUUAA